AUGGGACUAGGAAACCAGACCAGAAUCCAGGAAUUUAUCCUCCUGGGAUUCCCCACCAUCAUGGAACUUCAGGUACUGCUGUUUGUAAUAUUCCUUGUGGUCUACAUCCUGACACUCCUAGAGAACAUUGUGAUUGUGACCUUGAUCAAGACAAACAGCAAUCUCCACAAGCCUAUGUAUUAUUUCCUUAGUCACCUAUCUUUCCUGGAAACCUGGUAUAUUUCUGUAACUGUCCCAAAGCUUCUAGUUAAUUUCCUCACAGAAAACAAAAGUAUCUCCUUUGAAGGCUGUAUGGCCCAGCUCUAUUUCUUCAUAUCUCUUGUUUGCACUGAGUGCGUCCUCUUGGCAGCUAUGGCCUACGAUCGCUAUGUUGCCAUUUGUGACCCAUUACGCUACCCAGUCAUUAUGACUGCUCGGCUCUGCUUGCAGCUAGCUGUGGGAUCUUGGCUUGCUGGCUUCCUUAUCUCUAUGCUGAAGGUGUUUUUCAUUUCCCGCCUGACCUUCUGUGGACCCAACAUCAUCAACCACUUUUUCUGUGACAUUUCACCUUUGCUCAACCUCUCUUGCACAGAUCGGACAGUAGCAGAGAUGGUGGAUUUUGUAUUUGCCCUCAUCAUCCUUUUAAUUCCACUGUCAGUCACAAUUGUCUCCUAUGUAUGCAUAAUAGGUACCAUUUUACGUAUCCCCACUGCCCAGGGCAAGAGAAAAGCUUUCUCCACCUGUGCUUCACACCUGACUGUAGUUAUCAUCUUCUACUCAGCUACCCUCUUCAUGUAUGCUCGACCAAGGAGAAUUCAUUCUUUUAAUCUAAACAAGUUUGUGUCAGUUGUAUACACUAUUGUUACCCCUAUGCUGAACCCCUUCAUUUACUGUCUACGAAAUCAGGAAGUAAAGGAUGCCCUGAAAAAGCUUCUACAGAUUGCAGCCAACAUAACUUAA